AUGGUUGUUGCCCCCAGACCCCUCCAGCAGCUGCAGAGGGGGCAGUUGGGUUGGGGUCCGGGUGGGAUUUGGGGUGACCCGUGCCCCCCGUUUUUCCCUCCCCAGUGGCCGUUCAGCCCGGACCCGUUCCAGCAGCGGGCAGCCCUGUGCCUGGAGCGGGGGCAGUCGGUGCUGGUGGCCGCCCACACCUCGGCCGGCAAAACCGCCGUGGCCGAGUACGCCAUCGCCCUGGCGCGGCGCCACAUGACCCGGUCCAUCUACACGUCCCCCAUCAAGGCCCUUUCCAACCAGAAGUUCCGGGAUUUCCGGGAGACGUUCGGGGACGUGGGGCUGCUGACGGGGGACGUGCAGCUGCGCCCCGAGGCCGCCUGCCUGGUCAUGACCACCGAGAUCCUGCGGUCGAUGCUGUACAACGGCUCCGACGUCAUCCGCGACCUGGAGUGGGUGAUCUUUGAUGAAGUGCACUACGUCAAUGAUGACGAGCGGGGCGUGGUGUGGGAGGAGGUGCUGAUCCUGCUCCCCGAGCACGUGAAGCUGGUGCUGCUCAGCGCCACCGUCCCCAACGCCCUCGAGUUCGCCCAGUGGGUCGGGUACGGAGCGGGGGCACUUCUUGGGGGGGGCCCUGCAGGG